AUGCUCGCACUGCCAACGUUCAUUCCGCGCUCGAACUGUUCUCGUAGGACACCUUCAGACUCGACGCGCCACCAUCCCGGAAAGGUCUACUUUUACUCCCUAUCUCGCAUCUGCUGCAAACCCCGCGCCCGUCGCUUCCCCGUCACCGCCGUUCACACUGUUGCUGCCCCGCCGCCAUCAUCCACCGACAUCACCCUACUUGCCUCGACCGCUGCGUCCACCGUAGCGACCAGCACCACCACCACAACGACUUUGCGCACUCUCAUCAACUUCGACAGUUCGACCAUCGAUUUCGAUGAUGUCCACCGUAUGCCCCACAGCAGGCGGGAGCAGGGACGGUGACUUGCGCAGGGGUUUAUAGUGCGGGUAGACUUGCGCUGCAUCUACCUACACUCUCUCUUCCUCCCCCGCCUGGGCCCGGUGUCAAGACCAAGUCAAGAAGACCGGAGACGGGGGAGGCCGCAGGUGGAUGGCUUGGACGGAUCCUCGCCUUGGCGCUCGACUCCGCACCCCAUGGUCCACACACAAAUGACCAGGAUUUUGACCACAAAACAAUGGGGUGGUGGCAGUGGUCCAGUUGUAUGACGAUUGCCGACAACAGGGUCUGCCAGCGCACUCCGCAAGUGUUGGCAUUUGUUAUUGCGCACAGAUAACGCCUGCCAGAGUACGAUGUGGCCCCCGUGUUGGUCCAGCGCACCUAACACGUGGCCCGUUCAGAGGGCAGACUCCCAUCAACUACAAACAUAACCGACAUCCCUAACUUCAGCCAUGAGGACUGUGUUCAUAACUGUCCUUGUGGCGAUCGCACACUCACCUCAUACAUCGGCCUGAUCAGUCACAUGCGAAUCCAUCGCACAGAGACUCGCGAACCAGUGCCUGGAGCACCAACCUACACUCGCCGCAUCCGCCUCAACUGCCACCACUGCACCCCACAUUCACCUAUCCCAUGGGCCUAUUCGGUCACAUGCGCAUUAACGACAGCGGGAUUCACUGCAGUUUCAACACACCUGGCGCAUACACCAUGCCUAGCCCAAAACACACCCCGUCGUCCAACGCGCCCACUAUCAGCAACUCCACGACCAACACUACUACUACUACUACUACUACUACUACUACUACUACUGCUACUACUACUACUACUACUACUACUACUACUACUACUACUACUACUACCACCGAAACCGACUCUGACACUCCCGAUGCAUCCUGCAUACACUGAGUUCGUACUUUCACCUCAUCCAUUGGCCUGGCCGGUCACUUACGAAUCCAUUGCACAGAGGUAGGUGAACCGGUGCUUGGAGCGCCCACAUAUAUCCGUCGCAUUCGCCUCAUAGGCCACAAGGGCACUCACGAAAACCUGCAGUGGACAACCGCCCGUCACACCACACCAUCACACCUUCUCCCACCAGCAUCACUACCUCACAAAAGCAUCACCCAUCACAAGCAUCCAGUUUCUACCUAUCACGCAGUGGGAAGUGUACUUCUCGGCUCCUGCUCCAUGAGACCUCUCUGAUGCAUGUGUGACACGAGUCUGAGACUAUCACAGUGCGCCACGCGCCAUGGCUUGGAAAGCUGCCGACUGAUGUCCCACCUCAAUCCACGCAGUAUGCCCACUUAUGUGUGUUUGUGGGGAAUCGCGGAUUGGUGGGCUGAGAGCCAGGCUGUCACAGUUCUCUUUUAAGUGGUCUGUAGCACUCUCACGCAUGUGAAGAGUGUGUGUGCUUUAUGAAUAUUGCCUCUCACUCGACGACUGUUUGGUUGUCCAGCCUUGAAGGGUGACGACCCAGGCAAAUGCAGGGCCACGUGUCACUCCUCUGACCCUAAAGGUCUGUAGGCGUCUGCUAUGCCAGGAUCAGCAACCCAUGGACCUCGCAGACUGGUAUGCACUGGCAUUUCCCUGACACAUCGUUCCCUGCUGGUAUAUGCCUUUGAGCUCCAGCUGGAUGUACAGAUAGUGAACAUGGCUGCCCUGUCAUCCUCGUCCUUCUGAACCGUUGUGUUGCUGUUGUUAGUUAAAAUUCUGGUCAAGUGUUUAUUUUGGACGAGGGGGUGUGGUGAUAGGCGUGGGUUCGGGUCCAGCAGUUCCAGCCACCUACGCCCCCUCAUCUCCGGUCUUCCUGACUAUGUCCUGACACUGGGCUUAGGUGGGUGGGGAGAGGGAGGGGAGAGUUCGGUAGAUGCUGCGCAAGUCCACUCUCGCCAUAAACUAAUUCACGAGCAAGUCACCGUGUCUGCUGCAUCUUGCUGUGGAGCACACGGAGGCCAUCGUCGGACGCGACGGUCGAACUGUUGGUUGGCACAGCGAAACCCCGCACCUAGUUGUACCACCACACCUUCUGGUCCACAGCUUACGCUGAUAAAGGUUUUAUACCGAAACAAAAGUAGGGGCAGCAGGGAUCCCAAGUGGCGUGGCGUAAGCAUGUAACUUGGCCUGCCAUCACACCCCAACGUUGACAUUUGUUAUGGGUGCGCAUUCUCAGUAACACCUGCCAGACUCCGAUCUAGCCCCUGGGUUGGUCCAGCCCAUCUACCGCGUGACUCGUUUGAGGCGCCAUACUGCGCACACUUCACAGGUGUUCUCCAUAUGAUAUCUGACCGAUAGGUCAACAUUGGCAACAGCAACAGCAGCAGAGCCAAACUUGUGCCGCCCAAUCUUCGUCGGCGUCGGGAUUGGUCGCAUACAACGUUCGCACAGUCCAAGGCGCACACCAUUCCGGUGGGCUUCACAGAGCAACUACCCACCAAACUGGGCAGUGGGGACCACGAACAAUGGACCACUUACCAGAUUGCAAAACAAACAAACGAAAGCUGAAGUGUAAAGUUCAUUAUUAUCGACCUUCACUAUGUGUUAGGGAAUGUGAUGAUGCGGGCUUUCUGGCUUUUUCUGUACAAGUCUACUUAACCGCAAAUUCUAGGGGUUCUAGCAGGAUAUUCUGACAUAUCACUUUCUAACUUUCAAAUGAAUCGUGUCCUUCAGCGAUUACUCUGAAAAAUCGUUUUGGACGUGUUUGAAAGACAAUGACAUUCGGGCAAGUUCUGGCUGGCUGACUGAAAAUCAGACGAAGAAAAAGUCUGUUGAAUGAUUAUCUACAAAAAGAAGGUAACGACAAGACAUAUAUCUGGUCUAUUCGCGGUUAUCAGCCAGUGGUAUUCCCACCGCAGCCCCGUAGACUCUAACCGUGGAGCAUCGAAGUAAGACUGAAAUCUUCAUUUCUGUUCUACAGUCACCUCAUUCACUGGACCAACUCUUUCCCAGUAUCUUUAUUUUAAAAUACUCAGCUAUAAAAGAUUCGCCUUAUUAUAGCAAAAGUAUGCAACUGAGCCAAAUAAAAACGAAGCGGAACAGGUGCAAAACAAAAAGGUCUGUAACCUCUUGAUACUGUCAGUUCGAAAUUCUUUUGACGGCGGUUGUUUUAUAGGAAAAUUUUAGGAGAUAGCUAUCAAAACCAUUUACCCAAAUAAUAUUACCGCACGCGACUACGGGGUCUGUUGAAAAUCCCUGUUAGCAUAGCUCAUUUCAAAGUAUGUGGCCGGAGGCCCGGCGACCCCAUGUUUACGGCGCAUUAUUAUAAAUUUAAAACGUGCAAGGGUCGACCUACCAACGCGACCGCUAACUCCCCCCAAUAAUUCCACCCCAUCUGGUUCAUUAACCCACGAAGGAAGUCGAAGCCAACGACAUACCUGACAUCCCGCUCGGCGGCCCCGAGGAAAGCACCGUAUCUUUGGAAGGGGUGGGGGUGCUGUAAAGCGCAGAUUGCCGACCGCGUGUUUGGUUUAGUAGUUGAUAUGUCUUUUUUGAUUACGGGUAAUUCCGUUCUUCGUUCCUCUUUUGAAGUAUCCGUGGCUUAGCGGUAACGUUCACCGAACACAGAAGGAGUCCUCACCAAAUCCACAAGGAAUUUGGAAGAAUCGAUCAAUAAAGAGGCUGCGACCUUCUCUAUGCCUCCGUUACUACUACGUUACAAUAUUAUAAUUACCUCCACUUUUGGCUUCCUUUCUAAGUAGACUCGUGUGACGAGAAAGUAGUCAUUGCAUCUUUGACAGGGACUGGCUGUCGGAGUGAAUGUUGCUAUGAUCAAAGUCAAUUCAGAUACUAGUGAGUGUAAAGGGAAAGCUGAAGGAGACAAGGAACCAUUUGCUUUGAAAGGGCCUUUCUCGGAAGCAGUAAGGAAGACAGGAAACACAGGCGUUACGCGUGCAUGGCGAAGAAGAGAGGGAGACUGAUUUUAGUAAGUCAUUCAUCAAAGUAUUUCAGAGAACAGUCGACUCACCGUAAUCGAUUAUACACACUUGAAUCUAUUGCAGUACACUGGUAUUCAUGACUUUGAAGGCUAACAACUCACGGGUUGAUUUGGCUUUCUUUGAAGUGGAGAUCUGACAGUAUCAUCUCCUUUUUGAUACGCAUAUAUAGUAUUUCUCACUUCUGCGGAGUGAGAGUUCGCAUAUGCCACUUGCUGGACAACCGCCGUAAGUUACAUAAGUCACAGCGUUCAAUCUCAUUCCUAGUCAGUUUGACUCGGAGUUGUCGUUGAUACGGAAUAGGGGGAAAGGGAAAAAGGAGGUCGAGCCAGCUGGCAUUCGACGCAUAUUUUUCUAACUUUAGAUGACUGCCUGCGUUUAUAGACAGUCGCGACGGACUAAUAGUUAUGACCUUGGUGGUUUCGAAUGAUGGUCGAUCUAAAGUAGCUCCUUCACAACGUGCCUUCAUGGUGAUCAUGUUAACUUGAUGUACAGUAGAUGACCUAACUCAUGAAAGGUCGAGAUCGGUAUUGGAAUUGGUGGCACUGUAUUUGGUGUGGUUAGUUGCGUUUUAAGAAUUGAUUGGAAUUCCGGAAAACCCUCUUCUAAAGGGAGACUCACGUUGGCCCUGUUUUAUUGAGGGCAAACAAGCCAAGAUUAGGUAAUUUUUGACGUUUCUGGAUAUCCACUUAAUUUUCUGUUCUAGUAAGUAUCACCUAUGGCGUUACACUAUAAAGGAACUUUCAUAUAAUCAAGAAGGUAUCAGAGAAAUCCACUCUGAAAACAGAAAAUUUGUUUUUUAGUUCAUGAAAAUCAGGUCAACACGGGUAUUCGAAAGCGAAUUCUUUUUAUGAAACAGAAAGCAAUUUGUUCGUUACAAAUUCUAUUUAGCAAAAUUGCGGCGUUUUAUGUCGUCGAACGCAGUAAUAAGCUUGUUCGUCAGUGUUUGUUUUAUCACACCCGAAACUAGGAGGCGUAAAAAGGCAUACAUAAAUUCGCGCGUCACGUGCUGCCACUUUGCCGUGCCACGCCAUGGGACAAGGGUAUCGAGACGAUUCCUGUCGGUAGUUGACUUCGAGCGGAUACGACCAUUGGCAGCCAAAGGACUGUCGAGUGAGUCGUUAACUAGUAUUUUCAAUAUAAGUCAGGUCACUCUCUGGAAAAUUAAUAAUAAAACAAUGCCCAGAGCUAAGCAAGCUGGAUUGAAACGGUUCACAAGUAGGCCAGACGACGAUUUCAUCCCUGGGACACUGAAAAGAUAUCAUUAUAUGCCCCUUUAGGAUAUUUACAGGGAGCAUUUGUCAAUGUUUUCUUUGCGCAUUAUUAGAAAAAAGAAUGAAGGAAUUCGGCCUCAAUCGGCGAAACGCCUUGCCAAAGCAAUUUUUAAGUAGACAACUUACUGGAGAACGUAUUUUGUUUGGUCAAAAUGCAUUAAUCACAGACUUUCAUUUUGGAAAAGCAUUUACUUUUGUGAUGAGGUCUUAUUUUUAGACAAGCCUCCGAAGUCGGCCCAUGUGGUAAUAUGUGAGAUGAACUUUUAACGAAAGCACACUCUGUCGACUCUAAAUCUAAGGAACUGUUGAAGCCUGAUGGUUUGUAUGGCCACCAUAUUCGGAAAGAGACUAUGCUGGUGUUCAACAGCAGAGACGAUAGAUAGCAAGUUGUUUAUCGAAAUCGGUUGGAAUGGCGCUCAUCGAAGUCGAACGGACACCGUCAUGUUGCAUAAUAAUGCCCCUGUUAACCGCUAAAUGGGGGCAUGAUUCCAAUUCAGUUUGAGACCAUAAUCUAAUAUUUCAGACCACAGCCAGCCUCUCCGCCUUCGGUCUACGAAACAUUUUUGUCCCCUUCAACAGACCAGACCUGAAUACUACCAAAAAUUAUUUGCAUUGAUCAAAAGGUAUUAGGACAAGGCAAGAAAACAUCUUUGAAUGCACUGAAAGCUGGAUUUGGUACUAAAUAAUCAUAUAAACCAAAUCACCAUAAACAACUUAGUAGUCUCCAUGCCCUCCCACCUUAAAACAAUUUGAUAAAUCAAAGGACAAUCGGCAAAGCACUAAUACGUUGUAUUUAUUGCUGCUUUUCAUCAUUUUGUCGUUGUAUGGCACUUUACUUCCCUGCUGAAUGUUAUACUAGGCCUUAACUAAUUGACACGUCAUAAAGUCGUCUUUUUAUUUGGGGGGUUUUCGUAAGAUAAGUUAUUUCUCAGCAAAUACAUAGUACUGUAUCGACUAAACUAUGUUUCGUUUUGAAGCUCGGACGUAUAUUUAACGCAGUAUAGAUUUCGUGGAUGCUGGGUGGGCGAUUCUUGCGCUACAGUGAUUUUAGUUCGCAGUCGUGGCUUUUGACGAUGCACGCUGAAGGUGAGAUAGAUGCUUCAAAGUCCGCUCCGCCUUAAGAUAACUAACUGCACCCUCUCCGCGAUGGUGCUGUUGCUCGUUACUUGCGACGGAUGAACUAUGGGUCGCGCUGGCUGGGAUGAACUGGGCCACUUACUAAAGUCCAAACAAUUGACCCCGCCGCUUAUUUUCGUUCAGGUCUGUCCGUACGGCGGCGGCCGCGGUUGGGACUUCAACUGGUGCGCCAGUCUAUCCCAGUCUUAGAAGAUAAAUAAUUGCAAGUGGUUUAUCAUUGAAACGGCUUCCACAGGAUGCUGUGCGAAAGGAACUUAUCAGCACUAUUUGUACUCCAGAGCGUGCAGUACUAAUAAUCACUUGUGUUAAAAACAAAAUGUAAACAACCCCCACGGUCUAAGUCAUAGACAUGUACAUCCUAAUAUGACCCAGUCACUAGGAAGAGAACAUAGGCAAGCAAAUUAAUUCGCAGAACACAUUUUGACCAGUCCUAUUCUCCAGUAAAAAUUCCUUAAUAAUUUAAUGGCAUUAGAGUCGCCUACUAACGAAGGCAAAGAAGAUUAGAACAACUCUUUUCGAAUUAUGCAGCGUCCUCCAUAGGUCAUACAUCAGUGCACAGAAGUAAAGACUUCAGGCCUAAAUUCAAGCUCAGUUGGUCGUUAAACCAGACGUUCUGGCACUUGAGUUGGGAACUCUGGCUCCGUCUCUUUAGACUCGAAGCUUUAAAAGUCAAGUGUGCGUGCCAUCUUCCAAGUUAACGUGGUGACAAAACUCAGAAUACAACCUUUUUAUAUUCAAUGAGCUGAUCAGAACGAAUUAGCAAAAGUCAACCCACAUUAACCCUAUUUCUGUACAGUGUGUUCUGUCGUUCAAACUCUUUUGUGCGCGGGAAGCAUCGGGGGGCACGAUAAACCUGACAGCUUGUAAAUUCUACAUGCGAGGAACAGUAGCCGCAAAUAGCAUGUGAUGUUCUUUUGCUUCAAAUCUUUUAUGCACUGAAAAAAUUAGAGGAAGCAUCAAACCUAACAGAUUGUAAAUUCUGCAAACGAUGAAUAGUAACUCAGAAGAAUAUUCUUCUGACUUUCUAGCGAAGUAACUUAAUUGAAGUUGUCUUGUCCUCUUCAGCUGCUUCAUGAUUACAGGUGGAAAUUGACUGUUGUAGUUAGUCACGUCCUCGGCAUCACCUCUCAGCUGAUAGUGUUUUGUAGUGCGGGUGCACAAUUUCCUGUUAACUCCUCCUCCUCCUCCUUCUCCCCCUCCCCCUCCCCCUCCUCCUCCUCCUCCUCCUCCUCCUCCUUCUCCUCCUCCUCCUCCCCCUUCUCCACCUCCUCCUCCUCCUCCUUAUCAUCAUCUUCAGCCUUCUAG